AUGCGCCAAUAUACAACGAGGCUGAAAAUGCAAAUAACAGAAAUGGCACGCACUGAGAGAUUGGAGAAAGAAAAACAAGAACUUACGCCGAUAUUUGCAUCGCACGAAGAUAAAAUGGAUUUUUAUCCAGAACACAACCUGAUCAAAAUAAGAGCAAUUGAGCUUGUCUGUCUGUGGAAUAACUACAUUGGCGUGUACAAUGAAAUGGACAGGAGCACAGGCAGCACAGAAGUGUUGAGCGUGUCAAUUAGAGAUCUUGCGCUGAGGAUACACGCGCGCGUCAAGGAGCUAGGAGAAGUUUUGUUCUACCUUCUGGAGGAGCUGGAAGACAUCGAUUUUCACGGAAAAUACAAAGACUUUGAGAGAACACAGGAGAAUCUGUGCCAAACGGCAUGCUCGAUUCUUUACAUAAACAAGAAGUCGCUGACAGCGGAUCUUCUCGAUAUUCUUAACGUAGUGGAGUAUUCGCUGUACAAGUGUCUAACAAUGGGCCAGAAAAUAGCCAAAAAGAAAGUUGCAUUGGAGGAGCACUGGGUAAGACCCAAGCAGUACAGCAUUCUCAAGUAUUUGUACAAGAACUGCAACUACAACCUUCGAGAGUAUUUGUUGGUGCACAGAUUGACAACCCGAAGCAUAGCAGAGCAGAAGAGCCUUCUAUUUGAGGUAUCCAUAGCACAGCAGUUGUACGGUGACUUUCUGAUGAACAUGAAGAACCAGUUCAUGCCAAGCAAUUUAAUGGACACACACUCGGGGAUAUAUGCAGGGCUUUCUGUGGACGGAAAAAUACAGCACCACGAGACAUCGAUAGGGCAGAGGAGAAGCACGAUAGACCAGAUCAUAAAAUACCACAAAAAAAUAAUUAAUGAAAUAGAUGUAAUCAACUGGUGUGUGGGGAAGGAGGCCAAGAACAUAAUAAACAUGGAGAAGACAAUGCAUGGAAAAUGCGAUCUCUCCAUGAAGAAGCUUUUUUCCCUCUUCGAAAGCUCAUCGAAUAGACUGAAAGAGUACGAAGUGACCCUUUCCAGGUACGCUAAGCUGGUUACAUCGUCAAAACGCUCUGAGUCUACAGUGAAUAGGCUGUUUCAGAUAAAGUCAUUGGACUUCAACUAUCUAAUCAUCGAAGGAAACUUGAAGAGUCUGAAGGAAGAUGUGCAUCUGCUCUACUCAGCAUCGAAAGAGAUCUACAACAGAAGAAACGAAGCGUUCAAGGGAGGAAGGAAUGCCUAG